UUGGCUGCGCCCCGCCCCUCGCUCGGGGUCUGCGUCUGCGGCUGCGUUCCCCGAAAGACGAGGCUGCGCUCAGGUUUUGGUCCGUAGGGAGACAGAAGGGCACCGCUCCCCUCUCCCCGCUCCCCGCGCUGUCCGCGCCGCCGGAGCCCCGGAGUGCCGACGCCCCGGGAAUGUGAGUGCGCCCCCCACCUCCCUGUCACCCGAGGCCGGUGCUUCACACCCAUCCGCGGCCUUUGCCCCCGGCGCACGCCCCCCGAGCUGGCCUCAGGGCCACCUGGAGCAUGCUGCCUGCAGCCAUGAAAGGCCUCGGCCUGCUACUGCUGGCCGCCCUGCUGUGCUCCGCGCCGGCUCAGGGCCUAUGGUGCCAAGACUGCACACUGACAACCAAUUCCAGCCAUUGCACACCGAAGCACUGCCUGCCCUCAGACACGGUGUGUGCCAGCGUCCGCAUCACCGACCCCAGCAGCAGCAGAAAGGACCACUCCGUGAACAAGAUGUGCGCCUCCUCCUGUGACUUCGUCAAGCGGCACUUUUUCUCAGACUAUCUGAUGGGGUUCAUUAACUCUGGGAUCUUGAAAGUGGACGUGGACUGCUGUGAGAAGGAUCUGUGCAAUGGGGUGUCGGUGGCGGGAGGCAGUCCAUGGGCCCUGACUGGGGGGCUUCUUCUUCUCUGGGCUGGGCCCUGAGGUCUCUCCCUCCCAAGGGGCUCUGAGCUGGUUCCCCAGUUGGCACUGCCCCAUCUCCAGUCCAGCCUGCCUGAGCCUGGGGCAAUCUUGGUCCAGCUCACUGGUCCCUGGCCUUCCCCUCCCCAAGACAGGAGACUUCCCUGUCUCACCACUAACUCGGGUCCCUAGUCAGUGGGACAUCCCUGGAAAAAUGGGGUAUGGGCAAGAGGCCAGGGGUGGGGGCAGGGGGGCUGGGACCCCCAAGUCUCCACAGGAAACCAGACUAACCCAGACCUACCCCAGCAGCCUUGCUGUGAGAGUGUCUACAGAGAAAUAAAGUCAUUUUUGAGUCCUAA